AUGUUAAAGAACGGUCGCCGUCUUCUGGUCGAGUAUUACGUGGACGCCACCGGUUACCAUCCCACCGUCACCUUCGAGGGAGAGGCGCAGUAUCCUCCAGGAGGGAAUCGGGGAUACGGCCAGUCCGUUCUCUUCGCACUCUCAACCGAGGCAGAAAUGAAGGUAUUUGCUGUGUUUGCCCUUUUGGUGGCAGUGGCGUCGGCGAUUCCUGAAGAAGGCUACAACUACCAGGCACCAGGAGGUCAGGGAUCCCAGUUCCCCACCGGGGCGGGACAGGCACAGUACCCCUCCGUGCCCGCCCAGUACGCCUUCCAGUGGGACGUGAACCAUGAGCCUUCAGGGAACUUCUACGGCCACAAAGAGCAAAGGGAAGACGCCAACACUCAGGGAAGUUACUACGUCCAGCUGCCCGAUGGUCGCCGUCUUCUGGUCGAAUAUUACGUGGACGCCACCGGUUACCAUCCCACCGUCACCUUCGAGGGAGAGGCGCAGUAUCCUUCAGGAGGGAAUCGGGGAUACGGCCAGUCCGGUCAGGGAUCGAGCCAAGGGUCUCCGUCGCAGUCAUAUGGCGUUCCCUCUAAAUAA